AUGUCUUCUUCUCCUUCGCCGGGGCGCCCUUCCCCUUCGGCAGGGGCUGAGUCGGUGCGGGUGGUGGUCCGUUGCCGGCCCUUGAGCCGCUGGGAGGAGGCCUCGGGGGCCGAGCGGGUGGUCUUCGUGGACGGGCGCCUCGGGCAGGUCAGCCUCCUCCGCCAGCCGCCGCCGCCUCCGCCCCAGCCGCCCCAGGCCCAGCAUCCUCCGCCGCCGCCCCCGACGGCCAAGACGUUCACCUUCGACGCGGCCUUCGAGGGCGCCGGGCGCGAGGGCGAGCUGUACGAGGAGGCGGCGCGUCCGGUGGUGGAGGCGGCGCUGCGGGGCGUCAACGGCACCCUGCUCUGCUACGGCCAGACCGGCACCGGCAAGACCUACACCAUGCAGGGGCCCCCCGAGGAGGGCCAGGCCGAGCAGCGGGGCCUCCUGCCGCGGGCCUUCGAGCACCUCUUCACGGCCAUCGCCCGCUCGGGGCCCCAGCAGCGCUACCUGGUCCGCGCCUCUUACCUGGAGAUCUACCAGGAGGAGGUCCGGGACCUCCUGGCCGCAGCAGGCCCUCGGCGGGUGGAGCUCAAGGAGAGCCCCGAGGCCGGCGUCUACCUCAAGGGCCUGGCCUCCUUCGUCACCAAGGACCUCCGGGAGAUCGAGCACGUGCGCCGCAGGGGCAACCUGGCCAGGGCCAUCGGGGCCACCCAGCUCAACCAGCGCAGCUCGCGCUCCCACGCCAUCUUCCUGGUCACCGUCGAGUGCAGCCAGGCCGGCCCCGACGGGCAGGAGCACAUCCGCGUUGGGAAGCUCCACCUGGUCGACCUGGCCGGCAGCGAGCGCCAGGGCAAGGCCUCCUCCGCCGGGCCCAGGGGGCCCGCCAACGCCCCUGACCAACGCCAGCCCCACCGCCAGGCCUCCAAGAUCAACCUCUCCCUCUCGGCCCUGGGCAACGUCAUCUCGGCCCUGGUGGACGGGCGCAGCACCCACGUCCCCUACCGGGAUUCCAAGCUCACCCGCCUGCUCCAGGACUCCCUGGGCGGCAACGCCAAGACCGUCCUGGUGGCCACCCUGGGGCCGGCCGCCCACAGCUACGAGGAGACCCUCUCCACCCUCCGCUUCGCCGCCCGUGCUAAGAACAUCAAGAACAAGCCCCGUGUCAAUGAGGACCCCAAGGACACACUCCUCAGGGAGUUCCAGGAGGAGAUCGCCCGCCUCAAGGCCCAGCUGGAGAAGCGCGGCAUGCUGGGCAAGCGCAGGCAUCACCGGCCCCGUGCGGGGCAGCGCCACGGGUUGAAAAGGGCCCCUGGAGAGGAGGAGGAGGAGGAGGAGGAGGAGGAGGACAGCAACAACAGGGGCGAGGAGACCCCCGGGGUGGAGGAGACACCCCCCAGGGUGGAGCGUGAGGAGAUGCUGGGGGGCCUGGACAAGAACGUGGAGACCUACCUGAAGGCCCAGAAGGAGCGGCUGGAGGAGGAGAAGGCCGCCAUCCAGGACGACCACAGCCUGGUCAGCGAGGAGAAGGCCCGGCUCCUGGAAGAGAAGGAGAGGAUGCUGCAGGAGCUGCGCCAGGAGCGCCAGGCCACCGAGCGGCUGGCCAUCAAGUACAAGGCGAUGGAGAGCAAGUUGCUGAUCGGUGGGAGGAACAUCAUGGACCACACGAACGAGCAGCAGAAGAUGCUGGAGCUGAAGAGGCAGGAGAUUGCAGAGCAGAAGCGACGCGAGCGCGAGAUGCAGCAACAGGUCCUCCUGCGGGACGAGGAGACCAUGGAGCUGCGGGAGACGUUCACCUCCUUGCAGCAGGAGGUGGAGAUCAAAACCAAGAAGCUGAAAAAGCUCUACGCCAAGCUCCAGGCGGUGAAGGCAGAGAUCCAGGACCAACAUGACGAAUAUAUCCGAGUGCGGCAAGACCUGGAGGAAGCACAGAAUGAACAGACGCGAGAGCUGAAACUCAAGUACCUGAUCAUUGAAAACUUCAUCCCACCCGAGGAGAAGAACAAAAUCAUGAACCGCCUCUACUUUGACUGUGAGGAAGAUCAGUGGAAGUUCCAGCCCUUGGUGCUGAGUGUGGGAAGCAACAGUGGCAUCAGCAUCAGCAGCGCCAACACGGGGACACAGAUGAAGAAGCGGCCGACAUCCGCCGUGGGCUACAAACGGCCCAUCAGCCAAUACGCUCGGCUGGCCAUGUCGAUGGGCUCCCAUCCUCGGUAUCGGGCUGAGAACAUCAUGUUCCUGGAACUAGACAUCUCCCCUCCCGCCAUCUUUGAGUUUGAGAUCACCUGCGACCAAAACGAGCAUGACCCUCGAGCACGGCACCUGGAGAGGCUCAUGCGCUUGGACAGUCUCAUGGAGCGGCCUGCUGCGUCCCGAGUGCGGAAGUCGCGCUCUUGGUGCCAGACUCCUCGCUCCCUGCCAUCCUCAACAACACAUGUUUCCCUCGCCUACAGCUCACAGAACCCUUCCACAGCACCGGCUCACCAGUAGCGUCCCCGCUGUUCUUCCCCUCUGUCCUUCCUUUGCACUCGGAGGGCCACGCUCCUUCUCCUGCUGUGGACUGCCACUGGGAACACGUGGUCCAGGGACGGGCUUCCCCUGCACUAACUCAUCUUUGUCUUUAGCUACUUCUCGUGUGUGUGUGUCUGUCUGUCUGUCUGUAGGAGGGGAUGGCUCCCUGGGGGGCCCCUGAAAACCCCACCACCCCCCUCUUGGGAUCUGUCAACUCUAUUUAUUUAACAUAUUUAUUUAUGGUGAGUCCUUGUGAUGAUGAUGAUGGGAAGGGAUUCAGACUGAGCAGGUAGAGUCAUCUGCACAAAUGCACAAUAUUCCUACAAGGCGAUUGUGGCUUGGUCUUCACCCUGUGGAUGUUCUCAGCCCCAUUACUUGGAGGAAGAGGGCACUGAACAUUAUGCGCUUGGCUCCAAUGGUGGUUUGUGAAUUCUCCCCCUUUUCUCCAAGAUGCCAGGUCACAGCCAGCCUUGCCAUGUCCUUCCGUUGUGGUUUAGGGUGGGCAGGACUGGGCUCUCACCAACCAUGGAGUUUCCCCCAUUCUUGCAACAAAAGCUUAGCCCCUGUCUCACUAUCUGCUUCUAGCCCUCCAACCCAACUCACCCCACACUUGCAGAGUUGGCCCCCUGUGGGCACAGAGACAGUCUGGGCCCCAGUUAUGGGAAAUGGGGUGUAUGUGUGUCGGCUACUGAUGAUGAUGGCAGGGACAGGACACAGCAUUAUCUCCAUGAUCCUGGGGAACCUUCUCCCCAACUUCAGACAACCCCUGGAGCAUCCCAAAUGUUCAUUUGGGAAGUGUCUGCUGUAUUCUGGUAAGGAGGGGGCAUCCGAAAAACAGCCACGCACGGCAAAGGGGGAGUUCUAGUGGGUACCCAGGUCACCUGGCAGAGCAGAGGGAAUGGGGGCAUCUGUGCCGGGCAGGUGACCCACAGUUCCCUUGGGGUGGCAAGUGAGGAAGCCAGAUAGGUUCAAAGGGCCAUUCAGGCUAGUGGUCACCAAAAGUGGUCACCUGCUGUGACUAAAAGCUGAAGUGGGGGGCAGUGAGAAAGUCAAGCUGAGAUGAAUCGCCCACUCCAACAUAUCCCAUGCUACUUGUUCCUCACAUUUAGUCUCUCUCUGCUUCUCUGUUAAGACGCUAUUUGUACUUCAGCUUAUCAUUUGCACUGUGGUUGCCACUAAAAGUUGACUUUGUGGCUCUUUGGAGCUCCUGUUUGCUUGCAAAAGACCACUUAAUAUCCACACAAAGGUAAAACAAAUUCAUGCCACCCCAUCAUUUUCCUAUGGAACAACCUCCCCCAGCCCUCCACAGACCAAUGCAGUAGGGAUCCUAAUAGUGUGCUAAUUCCUGAUUUGGAAAGAAAAAGGCAAGAAAAGAGGCACUGAAAGCAAAACAAAGACAAGAAAGAAGCGAGUCCUGAAAUGGCAGCACAGCGAGCACUUUCUUUCUGUCUUUGCUUUGUUCUUUGUUCAUCAGUGCAUAUUAGUGGGGAUGUUGUGUUUGUGGGGUCUCCCUCUGAAAGCCAGCGGUCACCAAAAGAUUUGGGGAGGGGUUCAGUGACCCCGGCAGCUGAUUUUCUCAAGGCAAUGUUAACUUUCUGGAACAACUCUUGUCAUGAUGUGGGAGAGGUUGUUCAGAGAGGAGGCCAUCCGGUAAGCGCAUAGGCGUGUGGUAUGGUGUGGGGUGCCAAUUUGUCCUUAGCACACUGCCCUGGGGACCACUUCCCCUUUGCACUUCCUAUCCUGGUAUCUGCUGGCUCUCCAACCCUACUUUCUGUGGUCUUGGCACAUGUCUGAGGGCAUUGCAGGGGCUGGCACAGGAGCCCCAUCGGGGACCAAAAGCAUCAGAGAAAGCUGUAGAGCAACCACAGCGGGUGGAAGAGGGGCUGCUGGGACCUCUAGACCAGUCAUCAAAGAACAUGAAUUUCUUUAGUCCAUCUCAUAGAAGAAAGGCCCCUUCCCCUAGUCAUUCUUCACCUGUCUGUAUGUGUAUUUGAACUCACCAGCUGCUUCCUUGCCUUUGAUUUCCAGCGUCGCUUAAAUACAGAGAUGUGUGCACGGCCCUGGAGCCAGGAUCAAACACAUCCAGAGGGGAUCCUCUCGGUGUCCCUUAAGAGCACAAUGGCUGCUGCACACAACAAGCGGUGGGCUGGGGAUGGAGACAUUGCCAGAGUGGCUGUUGGCACCAUGCCUUUAAAUGCAUCUGCAAGCCCAAGGCAGUUGCACUGUCUCCUCCUCAGAGUGUCCCAUGACCGGCUGGCUUUCAUCUUGCCUUGCCAAAGGCAAUAAAAGUGUGCUAUCUGGAGAUGGAUCAGAAUAAAGGAGACACAUCCUUCCCAUUAGCAGAGGCUAGAGACAUUUGCUAUCUCUUUUCCUGGCUUCUGCCCAAGGAGUUGUUUUCUAAUCCGCUGCAAGGCUGAGAGAUGCUGUUACAAUGGACAACACAGCUGAACAGUAUUCUUCCUCUCCAUUCUGGACAGGAACUAGCUGCUUCCAUGUCACAGAUGUUGGCUUCAGGAACUGGCAAGGGGCAUCCUGGAAGAACGAACCACCACUAGCCUUUCCCCAGAAGUGGCACCCGUGUGCACCCAUGCUAAGGGGAGCAACACACUACUUUUGAUGCGCAAGUGCCCCUUUUGUGCCUGCCGCCUCUUUUGUGUCAACGAUCUCUUGCACUCUGUCUCUCAGCCCACCGUUGUGCUGCCAGAAACCUCAGAUAACGUCCUAGCACAAGACAAAAACCCAAGGACAGAUGUACAGAAAUGCUGAUAUUUAAGGCCAGAACCCGUCGCCGUGAGCUGCCCCUGUAACAAUGGCCAGGCGACUCCUGCAGCCCUGCUGCGUUGCUGCCAUAGCCUGAGCUGUAGAUUUCCAGUGUUCUUUGUUCUUUGUAUGUGGGUGAGUCUGUAUUUACGUGUGAGUGUAUGGGG